UGUGGUGAAAUUGUCACAUGAUAAGUACUCUCUGUCCCUCCACCUCUGCUUUACCAUCACCUGCAAAGCCUGAAAAAUCCUUCCUUUUCGUCUCUAUAACCCAAAACCCUAAUCUAUUUUCUGUUCCAACUCUCAACCAUUUCUUCAUAAUUAUUAUUAGAUUAAACUUCCUCAGUUCCACUGUAUUUUACUUUCAAUUCCAUUUCUACCCAUCAAGUAUUUUUUGUUGUUGUUCUAAUUAGCCUUUUUUUUUUUUUUUUUUUUUUUUUUUUUUUAUUCAAUACUCUAUUCUCUAAACGAUCUUUCAGUUCCAUUUCUACCCAUCAAGUAUUUUUUGCUGUUGUUCUAAUUAGCCUUUUUUAAUUCAAUACUCUAUUCUCUAAACGAUUCUAAGCUUUAAUUUCGAGCAUUUUCGUAAAAUUAUGUUAUGCCAUUCGCAUAAUUUUAUUGCUUUUUGUGAAUGUUGAAAAAAAUGGGGUCGAGUUUGCACCAAUGGGAAUCGGACCCUCUGUUUUCGGCUGCAGAGGUCGUCCAAGACUCUGCUGACAGGAUGGAAUCACUUUUCCGCCUUUUGUUGCAUGAGCAAAGUCUUGUUCAUGGUGAACAUCCGGACUCAAAGCUACUUCUGUCAAUUGAUUAUCAUAGGCGUGAUCUUGCAACAACCCUUGAAACAGCAAAAUGGCAGUUGGAAGAUUUUGAAAGAGCGGUCAGCUUAUCUGUGACAGACAAGUCUCAAAUGCGGGAUGAUAUACUUUCCAGACACAAGCAGUUUGUCAUAGCCAUUAGGGAACAAAUAAUUUAUGUGGAGAAAAGCUUGGAAGAUGCUUCAUUGGGAGAUACCAUGAGAAACACUGAGUGGGUUAACUUAAAUGAACAAGACAGAGAUGGGUUGGCAUUGUUUCUUUCUGGGGGAAAUCCCGCUGAAAGCUUCAAUCAUUAUAAUGUAGAAGACAGUACUAUAUUGAAAAGAUUUCUUGACCCAACCACAGCAUCUAGUUCAAAAGACACUGCUUCUGGGCUUGUUGAGCACAGCAGCAGAGAAAUUGAAAACCUGAAUAUCAACGGGAUUUCACAUAUUGACCACAACUUUGAUUCCAGUAUGGAGAAUAACACGAGGACGGUGGGUUCUCAUUUUACUUCAAGGUUGGGUUUUGAAGCACCAGACUGUCUUCAAGAGACCUCUUGUAACAGACACGGUGAAGAUGAGAGUUGGGAUCUGGAAGCUAAUGAAGCCAAACCUAAAAGCUUCUUCCAUGGGAACAAGUUGUAUGGGUGGUGGAGCAGAUUGAAUGUGUUUCGUUUCUCAAAUAAUUUAUGGACUGCAUAUGGGAGCACGGUCACUAGGAAUUAUACAAAGAGGUUAAAAGAUGGAGAGGAGCAAAGGCAUUCCCCGUCACACAUUGAUAUGUCUCAUAGUGCACAGGGUCAGCAUAUAGGAAUGAGCUUGGCUUCUGGAUACAGCCGUUCCCGAGGAAUGUACUUCAGUGUUUUGACAAAGGUUAUGUACUUAUGUUACUGGCUAGGGGCUUGUCGGGCAAGAUAUCAGAGAUCUCCAUACUAUGUUCCAGUCAGUCGACAUUCCAUUAAAUCGAUAUUGAUAAUACUACUUACAAUCAUUAUUUUAGGUAUUUUGGUCUCUCAAAUAGCUUAGGACUCGUUUGGGUGUGUGAUUUUUUUGUUUCAUAUUCUACUAUUUUGUAUUAUAUUCAAAAUUGCGAAUACCAAGAGAAAUUGAUUUUUGAAAUUAUGUUUGGAUAGUUUAGAAAACCUGAGACAAAAUUAGUAAAAGUUGGAUAAAAUUUGAGUAGAA